AUGCCGAAGAACAAGGGUAAGGGAGGCAAGAACCGGAAGCGUGGUAAGAACGAGGCCGACGACGACAAGCGCGAGCUCGUCUUCAAGGAAGACGGGCAGGAGUACGCGCAGGUGACCCGGAUGCUCGGCAACGGGCGGUGCGAGGCCAUCUGCGUCGACGGCACGCGCCGCCUCUGCCACAUCCGGGGCAAGAUGCACAAGAAGGUCUGGAUCGCGGCCGGGGACAUCGUCCUCGUCGGCCUCCGCGACUACCAGGACGACAAGGCCGACGUCAUCCUCAAGUACAUGAACGACGAGGCGCGCCUGCUCAAGGCCCUACGGGGAGCUCCCCGAGACGCUCCAGGCUCAACGAGGGCGUCGACGUCGAUGGGCCCGAGGACGGCGAGGAGGGCAGCGACUACAUCCAGUUCGAGGACGAGGACAUCGACAAGAUCUAAGAAAUCUGUUUCUCCUUGUGGGCUACUUUAUUAUUGUGUGACUUUGUGUUCUAGUAUGUGGUGA